CUAAGAGUGCACCUAAAGUAACUUGAUGGAGUACUAUGAUGCUGAGCAAAAACGUUGGGUACCUUAUACUCCUCCUUCAGAGGUUCCUAUCGUGGUGCAACAAAGCAUUGCCAAUGUUUCUCCUGAAAAAUGUGAACUUAAGAGUAAACAUAAAGUUGGAGAAGGCACUUCAUUUGUUGAACUUCCAUAUUCCAACUCAUUAACUAGAGGUGGAAGAGCCAAUAAUCAACAUCUUCCAUCUAAUCAUGUUUUAUUUGGAGCGAGUACCCCAAAAUCAAGUAAGACACUACCAACUCAUACCGGAGAAUCAAGUAAGACACUACCAACUCAUACCGGAGAAUCAAGUAAGAAACUACCAACUCAUACAGUUUUAUUUGGAGCGAGUACCGCAAAAUCAAGUAAGACACUACCAACUCAUACCGGAGAAUCAAGUAAGAAAUUACCAACACAUCCAGGUUAG